AUGUCGGCUGUGAAAGUGGGUCGAGCAUCAGGCCGUGUCAUAGAGUCUGAAGAGUGUGGUUUUAGAGAGGAGGAUCAAAGACGGUGGAGAAAGGAUGACAGGAAAGAUUGUUACAUCAUCAUCGGGGGGACGUCCUACAGCGGCGUCGACUUUGAUGCCAAUCAGGAUAAAUAUCGGAGGGUAACCCGACGUCCAGCAGAUCAGCACCUGCAGCUCCAGAAACUCAGAAAAGAACCAUCACCUGAACCUCCAGUCGAGCCUGAGGACCCUGAAGAGCAAAGAAAGACCUAA